AUGGCGUCUUCUGGAAAUGGACCUCUGGCCCUCAUAGAUGUCAAACAACUUACACUCUCGGAUGUUGAGAGUGGCUUCGACCUGACGCGAGCCAAUGAUAUCAACUGGGGGCAGUUUCGGGCCCCGUUGAAAAUCGUAGAUGACCACCAAUCAACUGCCAACGGCCUGGACGAUCGGCUAUUACUUAGUCUAGGCAUCCUUCUUAUUGCUGUCCACACCACCUCGCCUGAUCCGAAUUCUCCUAGCUCGCCUCCGAUACCUAUCACAUCCCAAUCUCGGUUUACAUUCUGGCCAUUUGUCUUCCAAGGAGUGAAGUGCUCUCUACGUGGCUUUCCCGGCUAUUCGCUUUGGUAUGGCCCAGAUCCAAGAGUGGACAUGGCCGUUAAUUUGAUCAUUGUUGAAACAAUGCAAGGCCUAUCUGCCGCCGGUAUACCCGAAUGUCUUGCAUACAUGGGCAUGGUUCACAAACAACACCAAUAUGAGGAUAAGACGAGUCGUCCCGUUGGCCUAUCUUCCGAUCACGAUCAGUUUCAUUUCUUGAUGAUCUCAGGCGAAGGAAACUGGUCCCAGAUGGACUACAACUAUGCUAGCCAUACCCAGGAGAUUGUUGAUACACUUGCAUUCUUUCAUAAGGAAGCUUCUAUCCUAUCUGCCUCUUGUGGUAGUGGUAUAUCCGAUACCCAUGCUCUGCCUGCACAUAUCAGAAGCACGUCUGAGAAGCCAUGGUCUAUUUUCCAAGUGACUGGUGACAUCGAUAAUAUGGACGAGAAGGAGAGUGACUGA